GAUCUGAUUCGUGGACAGCCACAGCCUCACCCUCACACGAAUGUUUAUCUUCACUGGCCUUAGCACAAAAUGCUGUGGCCGAGUGGAGGAGAGGAAGAUGGCUGCCACCAGCCUCAGCUCCUCCCCGCCCAGGGUUACUGCAAAACUACCGGGAGUCCCCAGAUCUUCGUCGUCCUACACCCAGCUCAGCUUCGGCUCGAGGCAUCACUUCCAGAAGGCGGCGGCGGCUUCAGCCUUCCAUAAGCUCCUGCUGCUGAGCUCCCCGGCGAGGAAUAAGCAUGCAAGAACCACCUGCCGAGCCACUGACAACGACCAAGCGGCGCCGGCCGCGGCGCAAGAAGCGGCCACCCCCUCUCCUGCUCCUCCCGUCCCCAGCGCCGAGAAGGCCCCAGUGACGCCCGGCAACGGCCAGCCGCAGCAGCCGGUCGCCAACGCCAACGGCAGCGCGCCGGGCGAGCCGCCGAAGCGCGUGCCGCUGACGGCGCGGGAGCGACUGCGCGCGGCGCGCGUGCUGGGCAAGUACGCGGAGCCGUCGGCGGCAAAGGGGGCGUCGUCGACGCCGUCGAAAUCGGGCAAGCCGGAGUUUGGCAGCGGGGUGCUGGACGCGCUGCGCGAGGCGGACGCGAAGAAGGGCGGGGCAGGUGGCGGGCGGCGCGGGUCGCGGCUGCCCGAGGCGCCGGGCAACCUGUUCGACGACAGCAAGCGCGGGAUGCCCAAGGAGGGGUGGACCUUCGAGCUGCCGUUCGGGGUGGACGUCUUCCUCGUCCUCGUGUCCUUCACGCUCAUCACCACCAUCAUGUUCGGCACCGCAUUCCUCGUCUGGAAGCUCGGCGCCAUACACUUCAACGAGUACUAGCCUGUAGAUUGUCUCUAGCUUUGGGGUGAUUCUUGCAGACUUGCAGUGCUAGGUGAGAGAAUUGCUUGGUUCUGUACUAGUAUAUUGAUCGUCGGCCGUGGUUUGGCACAGAUUUUUGAGAACAUAGAAAUGAUGUGUUUGUACGAUGUUGUAGUCUAUACUUAUCGACGAAACAUGCUCCAGUAUCGUCACUCUUUACAGGCGAGAUAAA